GAGGGAGAUUUAGAUCCAGUCAAGAGCAGAGGCGGUGAGCAGAGAAGAGGAGAGGCAUUGACUGCAAGCACAUAUACACACGCACACACUCACACACAUACACAAGAAGACAAGAAAACGGCUAAUUUCAUGUGCACGGCGCACAACACUUGACGAGAGCGGCUGCCUGUCUGGAUUGGUAGUCAUCCGACGUCCCGCAGCUAAAAGACGCACAAGCGAAGACUUGGGGGAUACGAGGAGCAGGAAUGAUCGGGCUAUGUGGGCUCUCGCCGUUUGAAUCCGGUCCUCAGACCACUUAGCCACUUUGCUGUGGUGCUGUUGCAGGCCGCCAGCCUUGCAGUCAGGGUGAUUGAGACAGAAUGAGCUCCAAGCACACCUCCGACUGGAUUCCCUACAGCACUUUAGAUGACGAGGGCACAAACCUAAGGCAACAGAAGCUUGAUCGGCAGCGAGUGCUCCUUGAGCAAAAGCAAAAGAAGAAGCGUCAAGAACCCCUGAUGGUCCAGUCCAACGUAGAUGGACGGUCUCGCACCCGUCGCACCAAACAGAGUGAGGAGCAGGCUCCUUUGGUGGAAUCCUACCUCAGCAGUAACAGCAGCACCAUCUAUCACGGGCCAGAAGCCAAGCAGGAGGAGAUGAAAGUGAAAGCGGACCCCCAGCCGCCUCGCUCGAUGAAAAAGGGCAGAGCGUCAGCCAGCUCCACUCCUCAGACAGGCAGUGACAAGAAGGAGAGGAGAGGCAAGCACAAAGGAGGGAUGGACAGCCUGGCCUGCCACUCAGAGGACGGUCAGAUCCAAAUCUUAACAGUGGGCCACCUUUCAUCAGAGGAUGGGGACGCAGAGCCGGUCACGAGCUGCACUUCGUCACAGAGCAAGCAGGACCUACGGGUGACCAUGCUCAAAAAAGGAAUAUCAAGCAGUAUGAAUUUUGAUGAGGAGGAAGAUGAUGACGAUGAAAUUAGUUCCACUUCGUCACAGCUCAACAACAACACAAGACCAGGCUCCGCCACCAGCAAGAAGUCAUGCAAGGAGGUUGCAUCAGCGCCAACUCCACCAGUCACUGAACCGGCCGUUGAUGUGGAAGACUUGGAAGAGUUUUCGUUGCGACCUGCACCACAGGGGGUCCGAGUGAAGUGCAGAAUCACGAGGGAUAAGAAAGGCAUGGACAGAGGCAUGUAUCCCACCUACUAUCUUCACUUGGAGCGAGAGGAUGGCAAGAAGGUGUUUCUGUUAGCAGGCAGGAAGAGAAAAAAGAGUAAAACCUCCAAUUACCUCAUCUCCAUUGACCCCACUGAUCUGUCCCGAGGUGGGGAAAGCUUCAUUGGUAAACUGAGGUCAAACCUCAUGGGCACCAAGUUCACUGUAUAUGACAGUGGCCUGAACCCUAUGAAGACCACGAGCAGCCUUGAAGACUGCAAUAUGCGCCAGGAGCUCGCGGCCAUUUGCUAUGAAACCAAUGUCUUGGGAUUCAAGGGACCUCGUAAAAUGAGCGUUAUCAUCCCGGGAAUGAAUAUGGACCAUGAGAGAGUGUCAAUUCGGCCACGAAAUGACCAUGAGUCAUUGCUGGCAAGGUGGCAGAACAAGAACACAGAGAGUGUGAUUGAACUUCAUAACAAAACUCCAGUUUGGAAUGAUGAUACACAAUCGUAUGUGCUCAACUUCCACGGCAGAGUCACUCAGGCCUCUGUCAAAAAUUUCCAAAUCAUUCACGACAAUGACCCUGACUACAUUGUGAUGCAGUUUGGCCGUGUGGCAGAGGACGUCUUCACCAUGGACUAUAACUACCCAAUGUGUGCCCUUCAAGCCUUUGCCAUCGCCCUCUCCAGCUUUGACAGCAAGUUAGCCUGCGAAUAGACGGUAGCCUAAAUAAGGCCAUCUCGUCCAUGUAUGGUCUCAUCAAGGGCUGUUCAUGUAACACUGCGGCUGGUCCAAACUCCAAAACCACCAUUUCCCUGUAUGUGAGAGAUUGUUUGUGUGUGUGUGUGGGUGUGUGAGUGUGGGUGGGGGGGGGUGGGGCAUCAAGCACAAAGAGUUGCCCACUUUUAAGACAAUGAAAUCAAUGUGUUUUGUAAACAUUUUGAAGUUGAAGUGUGCCACUGUUCCUAAUAUGUACAAGCUAGAGCAGCUUAACAUUGUGACUGAUGUGACUAAUAAUUGCAUAUUUGUACAUUUUUGGAGUUGGCUACAUUUUAUGUACCUGUCACUAAAACAACCCAAGGUUAAAAUAAUAAAAAAAAAAACAUCUACAAGCAUGAAUACUUACACGGUUCCAAGAUUAACAUGCAUGUCAAAAGCUAUUUAUUUUGUUAUUUAUGUAUUUAUUACAUGUUUUGUUCUCUGGACAGUUUUGGCUCUGCAGAGCUGCAAGCACAUCAAAGACAAAGCAUCCACAUAAAACUAAUGGAUCUGAGCAGGGCAAAGGCAUGUUACACUGUGCUGUGUACCGUACAAUUUUGUGUCUUGGGUCACAUAUGUGAAUGUAUAGAAUAAUGGUGCACUUUAAUUUAAAGCCAGUAGUGGAUGAGAUUGCUGUAAAUGAGUUUUUGUGCCUUUGAACACUAACUGCAAUGUGGCGCUUUGGCUGUAACGUGAGCUCUCUGCUGUUCUUGCCACCUUUACCUGCACUUGAUGAGUUACGGUCAUAAACUGUAGGUGGGUGCAAAGCUGGUUUUCAUGAAUCAAACAAAAAAAAAAAAAAAAACAUGACGAAAAGCCCAAAUAGAAGAAUCAAUUCCAUGAUGACGUGGUUAGAGCUUAUUUUCUCAAGGACAUAUUACAUUUCCCUCAAAUGUAACAUUGUACUUGGCACAAUGUCUGAAAUCCCUUGGAAAUAUUACGGAGGACAUGGAUUUGACACAGCCUCAAUGCUUGCAUAUUGCAUCUAUCUUUGUCUUUGGGAUAUUUUUAUACUCCCCUGAUAUGGCAGUCGGGUAUGUUCCUCAUCUAAAAUGUAGUUUAUAUAUAUAUAUAUAUAUAUUUAGUGCAGAAGCGCCUGACUGGGCGAGCUUACUUUCUCAACAAUUUUGUACUUUAUCAUUGUCAAAAAAAUAUCAUGAUGAAGGCAAAGAACAAUUUCUGAUGCCACAAUUGUUUCUGUGGAUCAUGAGGAACUCUUUAUCAGAUGUGCUAUUCUUGUACUUAGUUGUGUUCCAACAUUUUGGAUUUCUAUUUCAAAACUGUUGAUACUUUGCUGUGAAGUCUGCUUUUUGGUACAUGUUCGGAUCCCCCUGCUUCUCUCACUUUCUGUUUUUAGUGCUCGUGACGACGUACAGUGAAUGCCGUAUGUCUGACUUGUGUGAUGGUAUAGGCACUCUUGGAAAAUUACAACAAAGGUGAACGAAUAAAACCUGAGUAUGUUUA